AGGUCUCGCGUUAAAAUCCGCUCUAUCGCGUAAAAUAAGCGUCGCGUUGUUUGCAGAACUAAAAAAACGGAAUAAGUGCGCAUAAGAGUAAUCGUUCGAUAUCCGUGUCAUUGCAUUAAAAGGCUAAUAAGUGGUUCUGUGCUGGAAAGUGUUUUGAUGGCUUUGCUGUGGUCCGUCCGGCAGGCGGCUGCAGGUAGAAAAGCGUCCCGUGUUGUUUGGAUGAAGCCACAUAACUUGUGCAUCGUUCCGGGUAGCAGUGCAUCUUGGUGAAGAAAGUCGCCUUUUAUUGUUGGGGGAAAAAAGCUAGUUGAAAGAAAAACGCCAAGAAACCUGCUUGGCUGACGCGGUGUUGGGAGAAGGCGCAGGGUUUGGCUGUCGGUGAAGCAAUUGUGACCGUAUUACCGUGCCUUCUCCGUGUGGUGAAAGAAAGGAAGCUUCUCAAGCCAGAAAGAUCUCCGCGGAUCGUCACGAUCGUUCUCGGCGAAUAAAAGUUUAAACAAAUCGAAAUAAUAGUUUGCCGCGAACCUUGCGCGCUGAUUAUCUGCAUUCCCAGUAAACGCAGAGUGCUAGUGUGUGUUUGUUUUAGUGUCGUUGAGUGUUUUAUUUCGGAAUCGCCUAUAAUCGCCACAGUAGGCUCGUUUGAAACCAGUCUUGUGAAACGGUGAUUUGAUUGGAAAGAGAUUUGCAUUUUUCAUUCACUUGUGACAAGUGCACUGACCUGGAUUUGCGAGCUUGAGAAAGCACUGUUAUCCCGCUGUUCGGCGUCUUGCCGUCUUGGGGAUUCUCCUACAUUCACCGUUUGGUUAUUUUUUAACAUUCCACAAAGCAAGUUCGUCUUGCGGUGCGGGUUGUGCCAUCGUCCUCCGGCUGCCCACGAUGAAAGAAUCGCUAUCGCUGCACGACAAGAAACCAGUGAUGUCCGGCGUCGUAGGGGGUGAUGCGGGGCUGGCCGAUAAGAAGUUGGCCCCUGUCACGCCGUUCCUGCCGUGUCCGAAAAAUCCGCUACAACCAAUCGAAAAUACCAUCGCGGAGCCGAAGAUGCUGUCGACGGUGGCGGAAGAAUCGACAGCAGCCGGAGAAGGUGUCGGAGCGCCAGCGGUGCAAGCAAGUACCGGCAGCAACCUACAUCCGGUCGGAAGUACGGAAGCUAUGUCGAUAUCAACCUCACCAUCUACACCGGAACUGACGCGAAUCUGUCUGGUGGGACCGGUUGCGCAGGAUGCAGCCACGCUGGCGGCCGCCCAAAGCCUCAAACUGCCGAUCGUGACUUCCGACACCGGGGCCGAGUACGCCGGCGAUGACGACAGCAGCCUAAGCACCGUCUUCGUACUGAACGACUUCGAGGGACCGGUUUAUGAUGCGCUCCUGCGAACCAAACAAAGGAUCCUGGGCCCACCGGCCUUACAGCAGGCUGUAAGAUUCAGCGAGGGUUUAGUGCUGAACAACCGUCCCAUCUACAAUUACUGCAUGCGUGGCGUCAUUACCUGCUUUACGGGUAUUCGGAAAAAGGAUGAGCUGACACAUCUGGUGCACCUGAUUCAUUCGAUGGGCGGCUCGAUUCGGAAAGAAAUGAACACCAAGGUUACCCAUCUCAUCUGCAAUUCGAGCGGUGGUGAGAAGUAUCGGUAUGCCAUGACUUUCCGGUUGGCUAUCAUCCGACCGAACUGGGUGCUGGAAGCAUGGAAGCACCGUAACGAAGUGAGCUUUACCGCCACGUCCGACACGUUCACCGCACUCCACCGGGUGAAGGCCUUCGAUGGCCAGAAGGUGUGCUUUUUCGGCUUCCCGGAGGAGGAGCAGCAGGACAUGAUCAACCUGCUCAAGAAGAACGGUGGCAUACCGACCGACCUGGAGGAUCCGGAGUGCUCGCACGUGGUUAUGGGGGCCCAUUUCAAUGACCCUUCGACGAUGCCCGUGGAAGGCAUUUCGCCAAAAAAAUCACCGUCAUCUUCACCUGCUGCUGCCGGUGUUGCUGUAAGUGCACCGGGACGUGAAGGAAAUGGAGCCGAACUGUUCGACCACCAUGAACGGCACGGAAAGGCAGCGGAAAGGCACAAUCAAGCCGACGGACAGCUGGACAAUAGCCGGCAGGAAGUCACGAUGGAGCUGGAUGCUUGCGCCGGAAACAACGACGUUCUUCCUGCACUACCAGAGGAGGAAAAUGAGUCCACGGCGGAUGUGCGAAUGGCGGUGGGGGACAAUGUUGCACAAAGUGACGCAUGUAUUGGCGAAAAUGGCAACACUCAUCGGGACCAACGCAGACCACCCCGCCCGAUGGUGGCCUCUCCCUCGAUGCAGUUCAUCGACGAGGAACCGGAGUGUGAAGCGGACAUGUCAACAACGGCCGCGGCGGAUAAGCUGUCGAAACGUCCAUCCGGUGCGGUUGGUGAUGUUGCGACUCCGACACCGGCACCGAAGCACGAUGGUGUAGUACUGACCUCGGGGGAAGCUAACGAGUUCCUCAAUCCGAACAAUAUUUCACCGAUUCUGAAAAGUUGCGCACCCGAGCACGGGGUGGACGAAUCGUUCAGGAAGAUUGAUGAGAACGCCGACGAGGACGAGGACGAGGAUGACGAUGUGGACGAUUACGUCAUCGCGAGCCGGGAAGCGUACAAGCGCAAACGUGUCGAGGAUAGCUUCGACGAUCCGUCCUUGCUGUCGGUUGAUAUUUCGAUUGCCUCGAACGUGGCGUACGGGGCUGGUUCUGCGAAAAAGCCCAAGCUCACCCGUACCGGGUCGAUCACGCGUGGCAUACGGCGGAGCAUGAGCUUCGCGGCGAUCAAAACACCGAUCAAAAGCAUGCUACGGUCACGCCGCAGUUCGGUCGAUCCGAAUGCGUCCACCACCUCGAUCACGCUGCUCGAAACCACGUUCAACGAGUCGAUCAAGAAACCGGUGAAGGAGAAGCUUCGCAGCAUUCGGGACAAGAUCACCAAGACGAGUAAAAAGGACACACCGAAGUCGAUCAAAAGUAAGGGUCUCAUCACCUCGGCGAACCUGGACAGUCUGAAGAAGGUGUGCAACUUCAAGUCGACCCAGGACAAGGUUCCAAAUGCUGGAAUGCACACACCGGAGCAACCGAAAACGGUGGAUCGCACUGAGGUGGACUUUAAAACUCCCGUCGCACCGGUGACGGGCUUCGGUGGAACGGGAGGCUCGUCCUCGAAGAUGGUCACCCGCAGUCGUGGCAAACUGACCGGAAUUUACGCUCUGUCCAAAGUGGGCCCUGUUGCGGCGAGUGAACCCGGUGCAGUACCGCAACGUCAUUCCAUUGCAACGAUUGGUGGAGGACUGCCGUCCGAAUCCACGAUGAACCAAACGGUACCGGAUGAAAGUAUGCUAGACGAUAUGAAUCACGGCGGCGCGGUAGUUGCUGCUUCAACAACGAUAUGUGAAGACGCAGAAAUGAUGCCGGUGGUAUAUGAACAUGUCGUGCAAACGAAGCCUGAAACGAAGAACAAAAACACGCACAUCGUGAAGGCGGACUGGUUCUGGUACACGAUCCAGUCAGGGUACGCGAACGAGGUUGACUAUCUGUUUGCGGAUUAUCUUAACAGCAUCGCACAAACACCGGUGGUAGAUCGGCGGGAUUCGCUGCCCGUAAGCUUUAACAAGCGCAAACGCAAGCGCCUCUCCCAGCGUACACCGGCCGGUGAAGGAACGCCACUCGGUGUGGGCAAGCGAAGAUCGUCCGUGUCCGAUGCUGGACUGCUGUCGGUUUCCGGUAGCUUUCUCGACUGCACGACGAGCCCGGACAAGCAUGAGUCUAGCAAGAAAAACAUCAUUACCGAAGCGUCGGAAGCCUCGAACGAUCAGCCGACGAAAACGCUUACCAUGCGCCAGAAUCACUUUAUGGAUUUCUUUCACACCGAAUCCAACUACGUUGGCAUUUUGGACACGAUCGUGAAGCUUUUCAAGGAGCCCCUCGAAGAAAUGGUCGAAGGUGAAAAUGCACUGCUGAACAAAUCGGAGUUGAGGUCCGUGUUCGGGAACUUCCUGCCGAUCCACGACGUCCACAAGCGCAUGCUCGAUCGGUUGAAGGAGAUUCACGGCCGUUGGUCAGAGGACGUACUGAUCGGACAGAUCGUGCUUGAUCAUCGGGACGAUCUAUUAAAGGCUUAUCCACCGUAUGUGAAUUUCUUCGAACAAAUGAAGGAAACACUACUACAGUGCGAUGCAGCAAAUCCACGGUUUCAUGCAUUCCUAAAGAUCAACCAGGCGAAGCCGGAGUGUGGCCGACAGACGCUGCAGGAAUUGAUGAUCCGCCCGGUGCAGCGGUUGCCUAGUAUAAGUUUGCUAUUGAAUGAUAUUUUGAAACACACCGCAAAGACCAAUCCGGAUAGCAAAAAAUUGGAUGAAGCGUUGAAAGCAAUCAAGGAGGUGAUGACGUACAUCAACGAGGACAAGCGUAAAACGGAAGGACAGAUGGCCAUGUUCGAUAUAUUCAACGAUAUUGACAACUGUCCGCCACACCUUGUCUCGUCGCAUCGAAGCUUCGUGUCCCGGUGCGAAGUGACCGAGCUGUCCGAUAGCCUCAGCGGUCGGGGGGAUCCGUUGGUGCUGUUUCUGUUCAGUGACACGCUCGAGGUCUGCAAGAAACGUACGCGGGUGUUCAACAGCGUGAAAUCGCCGAACACCAACAGCCUCAACCUGACGCGCUCGUCCUGCGCCACCACCAAACCGUACAAACACGUCAAACUGAUGCCGCUCAGCACCAUCCGGCUGGUGGUGAACAUCGUCGACAGUCCGCGGGCGUUCAUACUGAUCUGCCGCGAGCUGUCGCAGAACGCGAAGGACCGCCAGUAUUCGUUCAACAUGGCCGACGAGGAGCAGGACAAGCUGAUCUACCUCAAGAGCCUCUCGAAGCAGAUGGCGGAGAACGCCUGCCGGACGGAUACGGGACACUUCCUCAUCAACAGCACCUCGGAGGAGGUCGAUAUCGAUGUGAGCGAUGUCAACGUCGGUACGCUCUCGAAAGCGUUCAAAUUUGCGUCCAAAACACGGAUAAGGGUUGGCCGUGCCUUUUCGUUCAAUAAAACGCCAUCGAAGCUGAAGCGUGCCGUUUCCACGAUGAUGACAUCCCAGUUCGGCAGCACGCAGUCGCUUACGCCCGCUUCCCAGCUGGCGCAGAUGAAAUUGGCAAGCUGUACGAACUUAAAUGAGGUUGGUGAAGAAGCUGGCGCUUCGGGUGAAUCCUCGCCGUCCUCAUCAAAGGCGUUGGUGGCGCCAAUGUCGGUGCAACCGACCCGCAAGAACAAAAAUCCACCCAUCUCCAUUGGGACGCUCAGACCCCUGUGAUUGGGGGAAUUUGGCAGCAUUACCCAGGAAUAGUGUAUAUAUCCAGCAGUUAGUAUGUUAGAAGCCUCGAAUGAAAAGGAUUGAAAAUUUUUUAUUUUAGAUUUGAAAAGGAGAAGGGAAGAGGUUCUUUAGAACCGUUCGAAGCCGUCGUUUUUUAAUCCGAGACUAUUUCCUAACUAUAUCUAUAUACUUAUCUAAAUUUAAAAUUUAAUAAGACACGCACACACAAACACACUCUACUUUUGUAAUUCGGGCUCGUUCGUGAAUGGAUGGAUACCGCCAGCCAUGGCUCGGUCGAUCCGAGUCCAUUGUUUUGGACGGUAAACAAGGCAGCAUUUGUAGCGUUACGAACGGACACGUGUGUAAGUUAGUAGUCAGAAAGAUAAUGUUCGUUUAUGACCGCAAUAGUUUUCCCCUGCCCUCUCGCUAGUUCCCACAACCCAAAGGGAACAGUGUAUAGAUGGGGAGCGGAGAAAGGGUAAGCAAUAGAAAGUAAGCAAAUACUGUAGACAGUAAGGUAAUUUUAGAUGUAGAAACCAUCCAACAUUCAUUCAAAGGAAACAGAAGCCUCCAAAGUGGAUAGUUGUCAAAAAUGGUAGCAGUCUUUUUGCUGUCUAAUAUAUUUGUGUUUUUUUUUAAUGCGGUCGAAGUGCAUGGUGUUUACCGCCAUUCGAAGCAGGAAAGGAAGUGUAACUCGUACAUCAGGAAUGUAAGGAAAAUAAACAGUUGCAUCCCACUGAUCCGAGAGGGAUAACAAAGCGGGAAUGAAAAAAUCGGAACGUUUUCAUGGAGCAUGCUUUAUGUGGGGCUGGUCUAGGAAAAACAAAAGGGCAAAAAGACGAUGGCAAAAUUCAGAGCUGUAAAAGAAAAUGGUAACAGAGAGCGAAACGAAGCGGAAGCUAUUUUGAAAUCAACUGGGCAAAGCGCCGCCCAUUGUUGAUAAAGAAAAAACAAACAAACAAAUGACUAACGAGCACAGCAACAACAAAAAUGGAAAAGUGCAGGAAUAAAAUGUUCUAGAAGCGAAAGUAUAUGCGUCUUCCUGUAGUAGGUUGUGAAAGAAAAACUGGUGUGGGUAAGAACAAAAGAGAAAUAAAAAAAAGAAUGAAGCGUAAAAGGACACGAGAAAAAUAUUGGGGAUGUUUGUAGGGGAGAAGAAACCGUGGAAACUGUGAAAAUCGGAAAUCUU